AUGUCAUCCUCUUCAGGUUUCAAUCCCCGUGGUGGUGGAUCGUCGGAGUAUUACGCCGGCACACCAAUAAACACCCUGAACAACCUUAUGUCAACAACCCCUUCCCUCUCCAUCAACAACCUGAAUCAUCCUUCUCUUUACCGAACCCAACACCAUCUCCAACAACAACACCACCACCCACAACAACAACAACUUCCUCCAAUUUUUCUAGAUCCUUCCUUACAGAUCCCUCAACAUCGCAUCAUCGGAAAACGCACCUUAGCUGAAUUCCAAACCCAACAAAACCAAACCUACAAUCACAACCUUAACCUCAACAACAACCACCUUAACAACAACCAUCACAAUCAUGCUCUUUCAAAUCUUUUACUUCGUGCAGUAAAACCAAGAACCAGUUUCCAGUUUCAUAACAAUAACCCUUUGUCUUUCUCUGUCCCGGAAUUACAAAACCCUUCAUCUUUCAAUAACAACUUUCAAACGCCGCGUUUAGGUGUUCCUUUACUUCACCAGCUUCGCCCUCAACCACAACCACAACCACAACCAAUUAACCCACAAUCAAUCAACCCGAAUUUCCACUACCGAAACUCCAAUUUAGGCCAAGUGGUUAACCGGGUUCAACCCGUUGAGCCGGAGAAAAAGAUCAACGACGAUCAGAAGAUUCUGCAAGAAUUAGAAAAACAGCUUCUUGCAGAUGAUGAUGAAUGUGAAGAAGGCGAUGCUUCGGUUAUUACAACAAGUGAAUGGACAGAGACUUACCAGAACCUACUAAGUGGGCCUGGUGGGCCCGAUGGGCUCCUGUGUGGGCCUAUUCCAGUCCCAGUCCCAGCCCAGAAACCUUCUUCAUCAUCUCCAACCACAUCCACAACUUCAUCAACUUCCACUGCAGCAACUUCGCAUGCAUCGGUUUGUUCAAGACAAACCCUAAUUGAAGCGGCUUCUGCAAUUUCAGAUGGUAAAAACGACGUCGCUUUGGAGAUCUUAACACAACGCUUGGGUUUGAAUUCGAAUCCCAAUGGAAAUUCGGAUCAACGCUUAACCAAUUGCAUGGUCUCGGCUCUGAAAUCGAGGAUGAAUCCGUUUGAAACACAUUUCCAUGUUGCUGAGCUCUUCGGGAGAGAACAUGCAGAGUCGACUCAGCUGUUUCUGGAAAACUCGGUUUGUUUCAAGGUGAGUUACAUGGCUGCGAAUCUUGCGAUUUUGGAAUCUGCAUUUGAGGAAAACGGAAGAGGCUUCUGUGUGGUGGAUUUCGAAAUUGGACAGGGGAAACAGUACGUCAAUCUCCUGCACGCGCUUAAAGCGCGUGAUAUUGCGCUACCGCCAGGUUUUACUGUUAAGUUAAUCGCUGUGGCGGAGAACGGCGGUGAUGAGAUGGUUAUAGCUGUCGGGGAGAUGCUGGUUCGUCAGGCGGAGAGGCUGAGAAUCGGUUUCGAGUUUCGUCUUGUUUCUGUUUCUCAGAGACAGGUAACUGAGCUGAGUCGCGAGUUGUUAGGUUGUGACUCGGACGAAACGCUUGUGGUGAAUUUCGCGUUUAAGCUGAAUCGGAUUCCAGACGAAAGCGUUUCAACUGAGAAUCCACGCGACGAGCUUUUACGGCGCGUGAAGAGACUCUCCCCGCGCGUGGUAACUGUCGUGGAGCAAGAAAUGAACUGUAAUACUGCGCCGUUUUUGGCUCGAGUUGCUGAGUCAUGGUCUUACUACUCUGCUUUGUAUGACUCGGUCGAGACUGUGUUAGGGAAGGAUAGCCUGGAACGAGUCAAGAUCGAAGAAGGACUGAGUCGGAAGAUAAGGAACUCGGUGGCGUGUGAAGGAAGAGACCGUAUUGAACGGUUUGAGGUAUUCGGGAAAUGGCGGGCGCGUAUGAGUAUGGCGGGGUUUAUGUUGAAACCGAUGAGUCAAAACGUUGCUGAGUCAAUAAAAUCGCGUCUUGCUGGAGGUAAUAACAGCCGAGUUAACACAGGACUCACUGUGAAAGAAGAGAACGGUGGGAUUUGCUUUGGUUGGAUGGGAAGAACACUCACCGUUGCUUCUGCUUGGCGUUAA